CCAACGCGUUUAGUUAUACCGAAGCCGCGACGACGCUGACACAACGAGACGCCCCACCACCACCGGGAGGAAGGCAGCUCUCUUGGUCCUGUGCCGUCGGUUUUUACUCUCCCUCUGUGAAUCUCCCCCCGCCGCUAAAUCCUCCGCCACUUUGCUCUCCGCCGCGCACACCGCCCCCCCUCUCGACGCCGCGCUCUCCUCCCCGCCCCUCCCCUCUACCGGGCGAUCGGAGCGUCCCUCUCUGAGGCCACCGUCGCCAUCGCCGGCGUACCAAACCAAUCCUGAAAUCCCCACUCCAUUGCAUGCCGGCGACGGAAGCGCGGCAACGUUGCAACGUCUCAGUCUCGGCGACUCUACCUCUACUCAACUCGGGGCUAGCCGAGUCAACGAAGUUUGUCUGCCGGGUGGUUCGGGACUUCGUGUAGUCGCGGUUGUUGAAAAAGAAAAAAAAAGGCAAAAGAAAAAAAAAUCGCAAAAGAAAAAGAAAAAAUACGCCAGAUAAUAAAAUUCGACGGAAAAAAAAAAACCGACAACAAAAAAAAAAAAACGACGACGACGAAAUAAAAAUAUAAACAACAAGAAAAAUCAUAGUUUGUGGUGAAAAAUUUUGUGAUUCCAAAAACGGAAUAGUGUGGUUUAUAAAUUGUGUGAUAUCGCGGAGAGUUUUAAAAGAGUAAAGAGAAAUACUUUGUACUCUCCGUAUAGUUCGUUUAACCAACUAAAUCUGGCGUCCUCGUCGUCAACGUCGUUGUCGUCGUUGUCGUCGUAGUCGCCGUCAUCGUCGGCGUAAAAGUUCUCGUUUCGUCGUUUGUCCCCCUGUCGGGGACUCUCUCGUUAAAAUAAAAAAUACGAAAGAACGACAAAAACCAUAUAUACACAUAUGUAUAACAAAAACCGCGACAUGCAAACAUCAACGACGCGUAAACGAUCAUCGUCAUCCACGGGAACGCGCAACGUAUAUUUAAUAAAACGUAUUAACCAUUAAAUUACUACGUAUAUAUAUACAUAUAUAUACAUAUAUAUUAUAUAUAUAUAUAUCAUCACAUAUAUAUAAAUAUACACGCGUAAACAAGGAACACACGUAAAAUAGUUUGAAAAAAGAGAGAGAAAAAAAUUUCUAUGUACAUGAAAAUACACAAGAGAGACGAAUGAACAGAUAUUAGAGAGAACCAGAAUCAGACACAUACGCAUACGCAUAGGGAAUAUAAUACGCACGACGCAGGCAGAGAGAGAGAGAGAGAGAGAGAGAAAGAUAGAGAGAAAGAGAAAGAAAGAGAGGGAGAGAGAGUUAUAGGGAUAAAAAAAAAGAUAUAGAAAGAGAAAAAAGACACGUCCAUAUGUAUAUAUUGUACAUGUAUAUACGUACGCACGCAAACACACACACGUAUAUACAUACGUAUGUAUAUAGAAGUUAAUGAGAGUUUAAGUUUGGUGUAAAUGGCGCUCUCCAGCCGAAAUGAGUCUACGUCAUAUGUGAACUUGUAUUAUUCUAUUGUCCAGCGUGCGGCAACUCGUUACUUUAAGGAAUAUUACAAUUCCGGCUAGAUCAUUGGGGCGGGCGGGGUAGCUAGGGAUAGUAGAAGAGGACGAGGGAGGGAGCUACGGAUGAGGAAGACGGGAAGCGAGAAUGGCUCUAAACUUCUCCGCCUCGUUCGCGGCUUGCCUCGCGGCCGGACUCAAGGUGCCCCGCCAGAUCAUGUACUGCAUCUCACAGGACACAGGCGCCCCAUACGUCUUGUAUAAAGAUAAUAUGGAGAGAGCCCAGGGUCAAUGGGGUCCGGGGCCGGGAUCUCUCCAGGACGGUGGAUUAUACGCCCAACAACAACAACAGCAGCAGCAACAACAACAACAACAGCAGCAGCAGCAGCAACAACAGCAACAACAGCAGCAACAACAGCAGCAAGGCUCCUCCUCGUCCGGUAGCCCGCAGCAACCUUGUGGCCCUCCAGUUGAGGGGGAGAGUGGACCUCCGCCCUCUCUAGCAUCCCCUGUUCCCUCACCGUACCCUUCGGCACCUCCCGAGCCUCAGGCCCUGACCCCAUCCGAUGACGACAUCCAGUCUAGCCAAACCACACCUCAACAGCAGCAGACGCAACAGCAGCAACAACAGCAGCAGGUCCAACAACAAGUACAGCAACAACAACAGCAGCAACAACAGCAACAGCAACAACAACAGGGACAGGGACAUUCGCCUCAGCAACAGUUGACACCCCACGAGGUUGAGAGGGGAGAUUGUUUUUCCGGUAGCGGAGGGGAUUUGCAACAGUAUCCGCAACAUUAUUUCAAAGAGAGUAGACCCGCCCAUUCGUCGCCUUCUAUGCCACCCCAUAUGUUAGGACCCGGCGGUUUCUCCGCUUUGCAUUAUCUGAAACAACCGGGCGUUAUGCUAACCUCUUUGGGUCAGGCUGUCGACGGAGGCGCGAGUCUCGAGGGACAUCAAUACGCGAGUCCCGGUGGGCCCAAUAUGUCGACAGGUUUGCCGGAUAUCGUUCAACAAAAUGGGAAAUCAUCCAAAGCGAACAGUGAUCUCAGAUUGUUCAAGUGUUUGACGUGCGGUAAAGAUUUCAAGCAAAAGUCAACUUUAUUGCAACACGAGAGGAUUCAUACCGACAGUCGACCGUACGGAUGCCCGGAAUGCGGGAAGAGGUUUAGGCAGCAAUCGCAUCUGACUCAACACCUACGCAUACACGCCAACGAGAAGCCAUUCGCUUGUGUUUACUGUGAACGCACCUUUAGACAGCGGGCCAUACUGAACCAGCAUCUACGCAUCCACUCGGGUGAGAAGCCAUACCAAUGUCCGGAGUGCGGAAAACACUUUCGUCAGAAGGCGAUCCUGAAUCAGCACGUCCGCACACACCAAGAUGUAAGUCCUCAUCUAAUAUUUAAAAACGGGAUGACUCCUACGUUGUGGCCUCAGGACGUUCCGUUCCCACCAGAAGAGGGUAGCAAAGGCGACGUGGCCUCGAAUUUCGGGGAUUCCGGUGCCUUCAGCCCCUCACCCGAUGGUAAUAGUACCAAUAUACAGUAUCCGGCAUAUUUCAAGGACGCGAAAGGAGGAAAUCACGCGGUUUUCGGAGCCGGUGGUCCAAGCAGUUUCGGUGCAUUACAAUACAUAAAACAACAACAAGGAGGAGGAGGUGGAGCGGGAGGGGGCGGCGGAACGGGCGGCGGAGGGGGAGGAAGCGGCGGUGGAGCCGGAGGGGUGGGAGGUACAGGAGGAAUAAAGGGUUGUUUACCAGAUGUUAUACAACACGGACGUUCGGCGGGAAUGCCGCUCUACGUACGUUGUCCGAUAUGUCAGAAGGAAUUCAAACAGAAAUCGACGUUACUUCAACACGGUUGUAUUCAUAUAGAAUCGAGACCGUACCCAUGUCCGGAAUGUGGUAAAAGAUUUAGACAACAAUCACAUUUAACCCAACAUUUGCGCAUACACACCAACGAAAAACCUUACGGUUGCGUAUACUGUGGUAGAAAUUUCCGUCAGAGAACGAUUUUAAAUCAACACGUACGCAUACAUACAGGUGAAAAACCAUACAAGUGUCAACAGUGCGGUAAAGAUUUUAGGCAGAAAGCUAUACUAGAUCAACACACGAGAACGCAUCAGGGCGACAGACCAUUUUGUUGUCCGAUGCCAAAUUGUAGGAGACGAUUCGCUACGGAGCCCGAGGUUAAGAAGCACAUCGAUAAUCAUAUGAAUCCGCACGCGGUCAAAGUGCGUCGUAAUUCGAGCGGCGAUACCAAACCACCGUCUAGUUCCGCGUCGGGAUUAGGCUCUGUACCCAUAGCCAGGGGUCUCACCCCAACGGUUGUUAAACCAGAACUUUAUUUCCCCCAGUGUUACGCUCCUGCUUUUAAUCAUCAACCACCAGUUUCUUCGGCACAAUUUCCCGUUCAAGCAAAUGGUGUUUCGGGUGUUUCGGGUGUUUCUGGUGUUUCUGGUGUUACGGGAGGUGAAUUCAAACCACCAUCCGGUAUACCACCACAGUGACUAACCGUCCAUCCAUCGGCAACGACUUAUUGAACAAAAAUUUUUAAAGUUACAAAGAAAAAAAAAUAAGAAAAAAGAAAACAUCAAAACACAUUUAAUAAAAUUUAAAUUUGAAUUUUAUAAAAUACACACACGCACGCACAUAUAUAUUAUA